AUGUACUUACGACACCUUUGUUCGUGGUACAUGACGUUUCUGCCAAGGCUGUUACUGGACUGGGACUUCCCAAAGUCACAGUCAAUGACUUGUGUUUGUUCACCAUUUAGGGCUCUCUAUGUACUUACGACACCUUUGUGCGUGGUACAUGACGUUGAGUGUUCAUUGUUGCGAUUGACUUUCACACCUGACCCAUGCCAGUCUGAUGAAGUGAAUCCCAAAGUAUGUAAAGAUUUUGGAAUGGGAACACGCGUCUAA